AACGGCGCCAGUGCAGGCGGGCAGACAGAGAGAGGAAGACGAAACAUCAGGAGGAAGAAAAGAAGACGGGGCAGGGUGGCUUCGGGAAGAAAGAAGGGGAGAGAAUGGUUGGGGAACAGCCUGUGUGCCCCCCUCAGCUCCUUCUGCGGGGCUGGGGAACAGUGCUUCUGUCUCAGUGCUGGUCCUUCGUGUUCUCCCAGAUCCCGGAUCCAGAGCUUUUACCCACAGAUCCACCCAAAAAGCCGGACCCCGUCACGUCAGAGACCGUAGUCUUCUGGGGGUUGCGGUUGUGGCAGGUCAUCGGCAUUUUUUCCAUGUUUGUGCUGGCCAUUGUUAUCACUCUGUGUUGUAUUUUCAAAUGCCGAAUCCCGAGAACAAAAAAGGAAAUCGAGGCACGACACGCACAAAGACAGGCUGCCAAAAAAUACGCCAACACAUUGGAGACCGUGCCACCCCUGAACGAGCUGACUGAGGUCCCAGGAUCUGCAAAACCCGAAGAAACUGCGGAAGUGUCAACAGUGUCUGGGAAAGUGGACUCUGAGAAGGGCGAAAAGAAGAGCAAGGAGGGCAAGAAAGAGCCCAAGGGUGCCAAAGAAGGGAAAGGAAACGAAAAGGACGCAUCAGCGAAGAAAAAGGGUGAAGCAGGUGAAAAGGGAGGCUCCAAGAAAGAAGCUGGUGAAGGAAAAGGGAAGAGUGACAAAGGGGAAAAGGGUGAAAGAGGAGGCAAAGGAGGGGCUAAAGGGGGGGCCAAAAAAUCUCAAAAGUGA